GUUUGGCGUGCUUUAAGAGAAAAUUAUAAAAGAAUAGGAAAAAAGGUUGUAACUUGGGACUUGGGAGUGGAGGGGCUCUCAUGCUCUUGAGCCUCUCGAUUGAGACUUCUUAUACUACUUUUUCUGGCCAAAAUCGUUAGAAAAGUCCAUUUAUAGUAGUUAAUUCAACAUAAAUAAAGGUGGGUUUAGUUAGGUUUUUAUAUGUUAUAUAGGUGUUGAAAAAUUAAUGAGCGGAGAAAGGUGCGGGUGGUGCUGAUUCAGAGUGGAUGGCUGGAUGAGUGAGGGAACAUGCUGAGCUUUGGCUUUUUUGUGGGUUAUGUAUAGAAGUGGUCUGUGGUGGAUGUUAAAGAUGAGGAACAGCCCAUGUUUUGAUGGGAGGUAUUUUUGUGGUUUUGUUGGGUGUUUUUUUUUAUGUGUGGGGUUUCUCUAUACCUGUUCUCGUGCUCAUGCAGUGAACGUUUUGUUGUGUUGUUGUCUGCUCAUUCCUAUGCGUAUCUGAUCUUCUUUGCGCUCCACAAAGAAGAUUAGGGAGAAGAUUUGUUUGCCUUCUCACUUGUUUAGCUGCUUAUGCCCUUCCCUCUCUAAGGUUUUGUAGCUUCAAUACAAAAGCAAAGGGCAAAAGAAGAUAAAAUCUGUAGAGGAAUUGAUGUGGAUUUCAAGCUCUUGGUCGUGAAACUUUUGUGGACUGUGAUCCAUUGAAAAAAUAAAAGAUAAAACUAAUAGAAUAUGGGCGGUGGUGUCAGUUUUGAGCAAGUGAGAGUGUCUCUGCCAUUAGAAAUAUAUAAUGUUUGAGAGUGUGUAGGUAAUGUCUCCCAAGCUCACCCUCUCUUCCCGGAGUCAUUGGACUCUGUUAUUAAUUUAGGAAGCAACCAAUUGUCUUGGAUCUCUUCCAAUCCAAGUGAACUAUUUUGUCAAAAAGUCCCACUAACCCAUUUCCUCUUCCUCCUCCUCUCUUUCUCCGGCCCUUGGUUUUUGGGAAACAUUCGGUAGAGCUAAGAAACUUAGUGAAGUUUUUCUUUGAUCCAUACUUGCUUACCUUAAACCUCUCCUUGUGAUUUUGGUUUUGGCCGGUGGUCUUCGGCAUUUGUGGAUUUGUUCAGAGUUGAGAUUUGAACUCUCAGAGAGAUAGAAGUACUGAUCUUUCAUCGGCAAAAUGAAGUUUAUGAAACUGGGAUCCAAGCCUGAUUCAUUUCAGUCCGAAGGAGACAAUAUUAGGUAUGUGGCAAGCGAAUCGGCUACUGACAUCGUCAUUAAUGUUGGGGAUGUGAAAUUCUAUCUUCAUAAGUUUCCCUUACUAUCCAAGAGUGGGCGCUUGCAGAAGCUAGUUGCUACCACAAAUGAUGAGAACAGUGAUGAAAUUUACAUUCAGGAUAUUCCGGGUGGACCUGCUGCUUUCGAAAUAUGUAUGAAGUUCUGUUAUGGCAUGGUAGUCACUCUCUCUGCAUACAAUGUGGUCGCAGCUCGAUGUGCAGCGGAGUACCUUGAGAUGUAUGAAACUGUUGAGAAAGGAAACCUUAUCUAUAAAAUUGAAGUCUUUCUUAAUUCUAGUGUUUUCCGAAGUUGGAAAGACUCCAUCAUUGUGCUUCAAUCUACAAGGUCUCUUCUUCCAUGGUCUGAGGAGCUUAAGGUGGUCAGCCACUGCCUCGAUUCUAUAGCUUCCAAGGCUUCUAUUGAUUCUUCCAUGGUUGAGUGGUCAUACACCUAUAACAGGAAAAAGCUCCCAUCUGAGAAUGGUAAGGAUCCAAACUGGAAUGGUGUGAGAAAAGCCGUAAUGGUUCCUAGUGACUGGUGGGUUGAAGAUCUCUGUGAGCUUCAUAUUGACUUGUAUGAACGGGUAAUUGCAACCAUCAAAACGAAAGGAAGAGUUUCGAGUAACAUAAUCGGAGAAGCCUUAGAUGCGUAUGCCAUGAGAAGAUUGCCAGGCUUGAACAAAGGUGUGAUUCAAAGCAGGGAUAUGACGAAAUAUAGAUCAUUGGCAGAGACCAUUAUAUGGCUGCUGCCCUCUGAGAAAGGCAGUGUUCCAUGUGGAUUAAUGCUCAAGUUGUUAAGAGCUGCAAUUUUGUUAGAAUGUGGGGAGACGGAAAGAACUGAUCUGUUGAGAAGGAUCGGCCAGCAACUUGAUGCUGCUUCGGUGGCAGAUCUUCUGAUUCAAGCCCCAGCUGGGGAAACAAGUAUGUAUGCUGUUGACAUAGUCCAAACCCUAAUUGAGGAGUUUAUGAGGCACGAGCAGAGCACCCGGACUUAUCUUCCGAUGGAAAAUGAACUCCAAGAGGACAGAGACCCCAAGUUUUCAUCAGAUGCCUCCAAAAUCUUGGUAGCAAAACUGAUCGAUGGCUACCUUGCUGAAAUUUCCCAGGAUCCCAAUUUACCUCUGUCAAAGUUUCUAGGUCUUGCUGAAAUGGUAUCAAGAUUCCCAAGAGCUUCUCAUGAUGGAAUUUACCGAGCCGUCGACAUGUAUCUUAAGGAACACCCUGGGAUCAGCAAGAGUGAGAGGAAGAGAAUAUGCCGGUUGAUGGACUGCGGGAAGUUAUCAGCAGAAGCUUGCAUGCAUGCAGUGCAAAACGAGCGGCUUCCCAUGCGGUUUGUUGUGCAAGUUCUUUUCUUUGAGCAGAUGAGGACUACAACAUCGUCCGCGUGUAACAGCACACCAGAACUCCUCCCUGGUGGUUCUCAUGGAAGCUCAAGAUCUACUACAACCAACACAGAAGGCGACUGGGAUGCCAUUGCUACAGCAGAGGAUAUCAAGGCUUUGAAAGGCGAGCUUGCGACUCUUAGGUUAGAGAGACAUGGCAGUGAUGCAAGUUUGAAUGAUGGCACAAAAACUGAUCCUGAGAAAACAGCUAAAAUGAAAGGUCUGGCAAUGUCAAAGAUCCUUUCCAGGGUAUGGUCGAACAAAGAAAGAAAUGGUGAGACGAGUAGUUCCGAUACAUCGGAGAGUCCUGGUUCAGGUUCUGUCACUGCAGAUGAAACCAAAUCCACUCCUCCUAGAAGCAGGAGGCACUCAGUCUCUAACUAGCACUAUACAUGUUCUUUAAGCAGACUAAGUAGAGAAUGCAGUUGUUGGGUUUGUAAAAGUAUCCCACUUAAUUGAGGAGACCUACUACUGGCUUGUUCCGGUUGAUGUAAUUCCUCUGGAAUUUUUUAAAGUAAAAAGAGGCUUGUUGAGGGGGA